GCAACACUUAAACAGACCUCUUCCGUUUACGUCUAAAUUUGCUUUAAACCAGCUUUUUUAGUUUCGUAUAUUUGCAAUAUACUUUUAAUCGUCUUCUAGAAACAUAGCAAACCGUUAAAGAAGGGUUGAUGAGAAGUUUUAAUGUCCUUAUAAGCUUUCAUGAGCAGCACAAGACUCGGACUUCCGAGAAAGUACAGUCCGCGUUUACAGCCUAUGCAAAGUGAAAACUUGCUUAAAGGUCGUCUAAAGGUGCACGCUGUUCGCUCCCAGUAGAUGUGUUCAACUGUGGGUUACAAUUUUCUCAGCCUAACUACAUACCUGCGGUCUUUGUAAAACAAUGGAUGUUCAAAAGUAUUUGGCACGUAUCGGCUGUUCGGGACCAUGUCCUCCAACGCUGGAGACAUUGCGAUGCGUUCACCUGAAUCACUUAAUGACAGUUCCCUUUGAGAAUCUCACUAUUCACAUCGGAGAACGGGUCAGGCUGGAGUUGCCACUUUUAUAUGAAAAAAUCGUCGUCCUGCGCCGCGGAGGAUUCUGCUAUGAGAAUAAUGGGCUCUUCUCAUGGCUUCUGUCUCAGAUGGGCUUCGACGUGACUAUUCUCUCCGCACAGGUCAGGAAUCGGUUCACCGGUGCUUACGGGCCUCCGUUCGACCACUUCAUCAUGAUGCUGAAGCUGGAGGGACACAGGUGGCUCUGUGAUGUAGGGUUCGGGUCCGGAUUCCAGCUCCCUCUCUCUCUUGAGACAGACAGUCCUCAAGUUCAGAGCCACGGAGCGUAUCGCCUCAGAUCUCAGGGAAACUUCAUUUUCAUGGAAGUGAAAUCUGAGACUGAAGUAUCAGGGGUUGGAGAAGAAUGUUGGACGGAACAGUACAAAUUCACCCUGGAGCCACGUGAACGAGAUGAGUUCAGAGCCAUGUGUGAUUACCAUCAGAGUUCUGCUAGCUCGAUUUUCUUCUGCAAGUCUCUCUGUUCACUCUUACUGCCCACUGGAAGAAUCACAAUCAUGGGCCGCAGACUGAUUAUAACCAGUCUGUCCUCAGUGGAUGGACAACAAGCUACACAAACCACAAGAGAUCUUUCAGAUGAAGAAAUCACAGAGUUGUUGAGAGAAAAGUGUGGAAUUGUUCUUCAUUCUCCACUCACUCUAAAAGAUGUUGAGAUUGUACCACCACCAGUUACAUAUUAAGGGGUUAUUUGUUGGGUCUCUUUAUGCUUUUUAAGAUGGUCUGUUGAUUCCCCCCC